AUGUCUGAGGCGGGCACGUCUUUAUUGAUGUGUCCCAUAUUCGGAUACUUGGUGGACCGCGGCCGAACACGCCGACUCCCAUUUAUCGCAGCCCUGGUAGUACUGACUGCGUGUAUGAUUAUCUUGCAACUAGCGCGUUCGAUAGCCGCAUUUGUCGUUGCACGUUUGCUCCAGGGAAUUGCCGGCGCACUGGUAGUGGUAGCGGCGUUUGCUCUCAUCGGCGAUGCGGUACCACAGGAGCGCCUUGGCCAAACGAUCGGAUAUUUGGGGUCCGCAAUCGCCUCAGGGUUCCUGCUCGGCCCAUUUCUUGGAGGUGUUGUGUACAACUCUGGCGGAUAUAAUGCGGUGUUUUGGUUUGCAUAUCCCAUUCUCGCACUUGACAUGAUCAUGCGGCUGGUCUUGGUUGAGAAAAAAGUUGCCGCCCAAUGGUCUCAAUCAAGUGAAGAUCUGGAGUCGGAUCUGGAAACGGAUGCGCGCAUUGCAGCAGCUCAAACGCCUCAAACACCACAGCUGCAACCGCGGAGAAAGAGAGGCCUCGUAAUGUUCCGAAUGCUCAAGCAGCGGCGAGUGUUGAUCUCGUCGUGGGCACUGCUGGUCCAGGGUCUUUUGCUCUCUGCUUUCGAUGCGACACUGCCCAUUUACGUUGAGACGACGUUCGGUUGGAACGCGCUCGGGAUGGGGUUAAUAUUCCUGCCGAUGGCGGUCCCGGCUUUCUUCGAGCCUCUAUUCGGCUUCAUCACCGACCGAAUUGGCGCACGAUUCAUCUCCUUUGCUUGCUUUGUUCUCCUGAUCCCAUCACUUAUCUGUCUUCGGUUUGUCGGACAUCAUUCUAACGCACAGAUCGCUCUAUUGGUCUGCUUGCUGUUCCUCACUGGAGUGUUCAUCCACGCCUGUGCACCCGCGAUGUAUGUUGAGACCCAGCAAGCGCUCACGACCAUGGAAAUCAACAGUCCCGGAAUCCUUGGCCCCAAAGGUGCGGUGGCGCAGGGGUUCGGCCUGCAGAGCAUGUGCCAGUUCGCGGGGGUUUUCCUGGGACCUCUCUGGGGCGGGUUUGUGGAGUACCGGUUUGGGUGGGGCGCCAUGACGGCGUCUUUGGGGGUUUUGGUGGCCCUCACGGCGAUGCCGAUGUUAUGGCUGGGAGAGAGUGAUAUGGAGAGAGAGAAUGAGGCAGAGAGGAGAGACAUAAGGUAG